AUGUCCGUGAGCUAUUUCCAGGACCGGGCAACUCCCGCUUCUCAGAAUGGCACCUCUCCGUCUUCUCCCUCUGUAGCCCCCGCGUCGCGAGGUACAAAUGCCCUCUCGAGCAGGAUCACCAGUGUGCUCUCUGCAUCAUACGCAGAUCUAGAGAUCCGCGAUGCCUUGGAAACUCUAGAUGCACGUCGAGUGCAGAACACUGCCGAGACACGACGUCAGCUGCGUCUAGAUGUGCAGAAGGAGGUCAUCGAGUGCAAUGGCGAGAUCAUCAAGGACUUUGGUCAGGUUGCCGAACAACUCAAACGUAUCGGAAGUGCUAUCAGUAGCUUGAACACUUAUUGCGCAGAUAUGCGCGGUCAUAUUGAGGCUGCCAAUAGAGAGACUGGACCUGUCUUGGAAGAAGCCACAAGCCUCAUCACUCAAAGGAAGCAGGUCGAAUCUAAGCAGCAGAUCUUGAACGCCUUUAGUACCCACUUCCUGAUAUCUGAACAAGACGCCACUACUCUGACAUCCACUGCUGAGCCUGUCAACGAAGACUUCUUCCAAGUCUUGACCCGCGUAAAGAAGAUACAUCACGAUUGCCAAGUGCUGCUCGGAACCGAAGACCAACGAUUGGGCUUGGAGGUGCUAGAACAGAGCUCCAAGCAACUCAACUCAGCCUUCCAGAAGCUAUAUCGGUGGAUCCAACGCGAGUUCAAGACACUAGAUCUAGAAAACCCGCAGAUUAGUGCUUCUGUGCGCCGGUCUUUGCGCGUGCUAGCCGAACGUCCUACGCUAUUCCAAAGUUGUCUUGACUCUUUCGCUGAGGCACGAGAAGCCAUUCUGUCCGACUCGUUCCAUGCUGCGUUGACUGGAUCGACUUCAGAAGAGCACAUAGCCACCAAACCGAUCGAAUUCCAUGCUCAUGACCCACUGCGCUACGUCGGAGACAUGCUUGCAUGGGCUCACUCAACGACCGUAUCAGAGAGGGAGGCACUCGAGAACCUCUUCAUCUCAGAUGGCGAUGAAAUCAAACGUUCCAUUCAAGCAGGUCUUGAGAGCGAACCUUGGCUGAGAGGUGAAGAAGAUGCAGAAGUCUUUGACGGACGAAAAGCUUUAAACCAGCUCGUCAGCCGCGAUCUCACAGGCGUGGCCCGUCUCCUAAGGCAGCGUACUGAGCAGGUGGUUCAAAGCCAUGACGAUGCUACCCUUGCUUACAAGAUCGCAAACUUGAUCGGCUUUUACAAAGGAACCUUUGCCAAGCUGCUUGGACCAGAUUCCGAUGUCUUGGAUGUAUUUGACGGAUUGGAAGCUUCUGCGAUGCGGCAAUUCCGUGCCAACAUGAGGGACUACGUGGCCAAUGUUCAAAGCGAUCUUGCUGUAGCACCGGCCGACUUGUCUGCUCCCGAGUUCCUAGAAGAUGCGCUUCAGAUGCUUCGAACUCUCGCAAAGAGCUACGAUACAUCAGUUGCCGCAACGGAGGAUAACGGUCAAGGGUUUCAGACUGUGCUUGCGGAAUCGCUAGAUCCUUUCUUGAAUGGCUGCGAAAAUUUGCAGAAAGAGAUGAGAGAGCCGGACAGCGCCAUUUUCGCCAUCAAUUGCCUCUAUGCAGCAAAAGAGGUGCUCUCUGUAUAUGCCUUCGCUAGCGAGCGAGUCAGCGAGAUUGAUGAUACGAUUGACGAGAACGUUGCAAAGUUGACAGACUAUCAACAUCAAUACCUGGUUCACGAGUCUGGUCUUGUCACUCUUCUCAAUGCUCUUGAGGAGAUCGAUGAUUCGCCAGAAAGUCUCAAGACAAUCCCUGAGUUGGAAGCUUUCAAGCCAGAUGCACUUGUCGCAGCCAGUCAGCAGCUGGAUGAGUUUCUGCCGUCAGCUGUCAUUGACGCAUCGGAAAAUAUCAAGCGGCUGCGCAACAGGAAGAUGAUACAGAACAUCACCGAAGAAGCGGCUAGCAAAUUCUGCGAAGACUUUGAAAUUGUGGAGCGCAAGAUGAUAGCGGCCGACGAUCUGACAUACGAUGAAGACAAGGAAGACGAGGAGCAGGAGCCCGGUUUGAGGGACUUCUUUCCUCGUACCAGUGGUGAGAUACGGGUGCUACUCAGCUAG